AUGUGCACUUUCUAUGACCCAAGCCUCGUCAUCGUCGACGACAUCAACAUCGUGACCAAGUGUUCAGCGAGUCAAAGGGGACGGAGCACUGUCAGCUUUGUGCGGUCAGCAUUCUUGGCCAAUGUUUUGCAGGAGCAGGUGACUUCCGGCAGGGUGGUUGAGGCACCUGCCGAUUGGCAGGCCGGGGAGGAGAAGAAGGCCCAGGAGAAGAAGCCCGAGUAG